AUGGGGGAUAAUAAAAACGCCCCGAAGCCGAAGGAACUGCCCAUGAUGUACCACGGUAUCUUCGGAGGCACAGCAGGGGCUAUAGGCAUUAGCAUCCUGCAGCCCACGGACUUGAUUAAGACGAGGAUGCAGUUGAAAGGCAAGGACGCGAAGAUCGGUGUCGUGAUACGGGAGAUAAUUAAGAAUGAGGGUUUCCUGAGGCUAUAUACCGGCGUAUCAUGCUCGGUGUUCAGGCAAUACACAUACGGACUUACGCGGUUCUUCGUUUACUAUAGCUUUUACGAAGGACAUAAGAAAAAUAAUAACGGUACUCCCCCGAUUCUGCCAUUGAAGAUGCUAAUGGGAUGUUUCGCCGGCAUGUGUGGCGGGUGUGUGGGCACUCCAGCCGAGGUGUGCCUCAUCAGGGUGACCGGAGACGGGCUGCUGCCCCCAGAGAAGCGCAGGAACUAUGCACAUGUCUUCAAUGCGCUGUAUAGAAUAUCCAAAGAAGAAGGCAUCGGCGCGUUGUGGCGAGGCGUCGAGGCAACCGUGAUGAGGGCAGGGGUUGUCAACGCCUUCGAGUUGGCGGCUUACACACAGGUUGCUAUUAGUGUUGCCGAAUAA